GAAAACAUGGCGGACGAUCUUCGAAGCAGGUGAUUAUGAAUCAAUUUUUUAUUAUUUUUACGAGUUUACGGUGGGGGAAAAGGUGACUACAAUGAUAGCAAUACUCUACUGAAUGUUGUGUCAUCUUGUUAAAAGGAUAAUGGGCGAUGAAGCACGAACAAACAGUGUGAUGAAGACUAUGAUCCUCUUUAGCCUAUCCAUGAUCUUCUUCCCAGUCUUCUUGUAUUUCUUUUCCAAAAGCAUGUUCUUUCAAGGAAUCAUGGGAAUUUCCAGCCAAGACAGCUCUUUCUAUGCAGCGUUUGUUGCCAUAGGAACAGUGCAUAUUAUUCUAGGACUUUUCUUGUACACAGCAUUUACAGAGGACACUUCAAAGCCUUCAGAUCUCAAGGCAGACUAGAACUGUUCUUACAAGUUAUCUGUAUGAUUUGUUAAAUAUGAAGGGGUAGAUUUGUACAUGCUAAGUAUAUAUUUACAUGUAUGUAUGUAGAUGAAAGAAUGGUGAUUGAACAAUUAUUGUAUGUGCAAUAUUGAUUUUGGUUUUUGUUUUUGAUUAAUUGUACAUUUUUGGGAAUAAUAAAAUAUAACCUGUAUUAA